AUUCAUACGCCAUUGUCACCAUCUUAAACGCAACCUCCUCUAUAUAUACCCUUCUAAUCCUCUUCAAUCUCUCCAAGCCAACAAAAUAUGUUAAGCCAAUAAUACACAUACUUAAAAUUAUUAUUUCCAUUUGUAUACACACAUAAUAAUUAUGAGUCAAAAAUAUUUUAUUCUCAUUUUUGUCCUUGCAUUUGCUUAUUCCGGCGAGUCACGACGGCAGCCAUUUGCAUGCGACCCAGCAAACGCAGGGACACGAAACCUGCGUUUCUGCAAGACAUCGCUACCAAUACACGUGCGUGUACAAGACUUAAUUGGACGAUUAACGUUGCAGGAGAAGAUUAGAUUGUUAGUGAACAAUGCUGCACCAGUGGAAAGGCUGGGUGUCAGUGGCUACGAGUGGUGGUCGGAGGCACUUCACGGUGUCUCCAACACCGGCUAUGGUGUUAAGUUUGGUGGCGCCUUCCCUGGCGCCACCAGCUUCCCACAAGUCAUUACUACUGCCGCUUCCUUUAACGCCUCCUUGUGGGAAGAAAUUGGCCGGGUGGUUUCUGAGGAAGGUAGAGCGAUGUAUAACGGAGGAGCAGCAGGACUAACAUUUUGGAGUCCAAAUGUGAAUAUAUUAAGAGAUCCAAGGUGGGGACGGGGCCAAGAAACACCAGGGGAGGAUCCUCAUUUGGUUGCACAAUAUGCCGUUAGCUACGUAAAAGGACUACAAGGAGGCGGCGGUAGUGGCAACACCCGCUUGAAGGUGGCUGCUUGUUGCAAGCAUUACACUGCUUAUGAUCUUGAUGAUUGGAAUGGCUAUGAUCGUUUCCACUUCAAUGCUAAGGUAAGCAUGCAGGACUUAGAGGAUACUUACAAUGUGCCAUUCAAGGCAUGUGUGGUUGAAGGUAAUGUAGCAAGUGUGAUGUGCUCUUACAACCAGAUCAAUGGAAAGCCAUCUUGUGCUGACCCUACUCUCCUCCGUGAUACAAUUCGUUCCCAAUGGCACCUUAACGGAUACAUCGUAUCAGAUUGUGAUUCUGUUGGAGUUCUAUUCGAGAAACAACAUUAUACUCGUUACCCUGAAGAUGCUGCAGCGGCCACUAUCAAAGCUGGGUUGGACUUGGACUGUGGGCCUUUCCUAGCCAUCCACACAGAUGAGGCUGUCCGUACAGGCAAAGUUUCAGAAUUGGAAAUCAACAAUGCUUUAGCCAAUACAAUUACAGUCCAAAUGCGUCUAGGAAUGUUUGAUGGGCCAAAUGGGCCUUAUGCAAAUUUGGGCCCAAAAGAUGUGUGCAGUCCAGCCCAUCAACAGUUGGCCCUUCAAGCUGCUCGUGAAGGCAUUGUUCUUCUCAAAAAUAUUGGACGGGCUCUUCCAUUGUCCACUCAGAGACACCGGACCGUUGCUGUUAUUGGGCCCAAUUCAGAUGCUACACUUACCAUGAUUGGCAAUUAUGCUGGUGUUCCAUGUGGUUAUAUUUCACCAUUACAAGGAAUAUCAAGAUAUGCAAGGACAGUUCAUCAACAAGGAUGUAUGGGAGUAGCUUGUCCAGGGAAUCAAAACUUUGGAUUAGCAGAAGUGGCUGCAAGGCAUGCUGAUGCCACUGUGUUGGUAAUGGGACUUGAUCAAUCCAUUGAAGCAGAGGCUAAAGACAGAGUUAGCCUUCUUCUGCCAGGACACCAACAGGACCUCAUUUCUAGGGUAGCUAUGGCUUCUAAAGGCCCCGUAGUGUUGGUUUUGAUGUCCGGUGGCCCUAUUGAUGUUACAUUCGCCAAAAAUGAUCCUCGUGUUUCCGCUAUUAUUUGGGUUGGCUAUCCUGGUCAGGCUGGUGGAGCUGCCAUUGCUGAUGUUCUAUUUGGAGCAGCCAAUCCAGGGGGGAAGCUUCCAAUGACAUGGUAUCCACAAGAUUAUGUAGCUAAAGUGUCCAUGGCAAACAUGGACAUGAGAGCAAAUCCAACAAAAGGCUAUCCUGGUAGAACCUAUAGAUUCUACAAAGGCCCAACAGUUUUCCCAUUUGGGGCUGGCUUUAGCUACACAACAUUCAGCCAACAUUUAGUCUCCGCGCCAAUCACUGUUUCAGUGCCAACCACUCUUCACUCUCAUGAUCUUGUAUCGAACAACACAACAACAUCAUUAAUGAAAACGAAAGCUACAGUGAGAACAAUACAUACUAAUUGUGAGUCACUUGAUAUAGACAUGCAUAUUGAUGUAAAAAACAUAGGGGACAUGGACGGAACACACACGGUCCUCAUUUUCUCAACCCCACCUGAUCCCACGGAGACAAAACAACUAGUCGCGUUUGAGAAAGUUCAUGUCGUGGCUGGGGCUAAUCAGAGGGUCAAGAUCAAUAUGAAUGCUUGCAAACACCUUAGCGUAGCUGAUGAAUACGGAGUACGAAGAAUUUACAUGGGAGAACACAAAAUCCAUGUUGGUGAUGACCUCAAACAUUCUAUAACCUUUCAACCUUCAUUGGAGGAGAUCAAAGUCUAAGAAUACUUUCAAGGACUAAGUAUUCUUGCAAUUAAUACUUGUUAAUUAUUUCUUUCCCCUCAUCAUAAUAAAAGCCAACAAGAAGUGUGAAGAAGCUCUGUUGUUUGGGAAUGAGAGGGAAAGGUUAGAAACAAUAUUAGGGAUUUGGGAUAUAAUUAAGACAAAAGUUAUACCAAGUGUUGAUUGGGUUCAACAUAAUCAAAUGUGACAUAGAAUUUCAGAAUGAAGCAUUUUAACACCUUGUUUGGAUGAUUGUUUUCCAUUGUAAGUUUAAAUAUAAUGUUGUUGUAUAAUAUCGUUUAAAUCCAUCAGACUGAAAGUCCCAUUUUGUGAAAAGAUCUAUUUGGUGUGAUCGCGUCGUUACCGUA